UAGUUUAUAAAACUGGUGGUUGAGAAACUAACUCACAGCUCCUGAGUAAUCAGGGCUAAGUAGUGCAGUUGUGUUUGCAAGUUGGUGUAGUUUGCUAGCAUCCAAGCUAGCUUUAGACACUAGCAACGCAUCAGCAACAAUGACAUUUAGCUUUUGUUGGGUUGUGUUCCUGUCUGUAUGGGCAGUUGCAGGAUGUGAUCUGCCUGCUGAAGGAGUUCUUCAAAUGGAGUGUCAUGACAGUUACUUCAUGAUAGCUAUUGAUCUGCCUGUCGCUGAGCAGGAUUUCCACUUUGAGGCUGUUGACGGUACAGGUGUGUAUCCCCUGACUGAGCAGUAUGCAGCAGAGUGUGGCUACAGCAUCAAUGUCCUCCCUUUCUUGGGCUAUGUGGAGCUCAGAGCCUCUUACUUGAGUUGUCACACCGAGAAAAAGGGGCACCUGUUUGAGUUUAAAAUGAAUUUGAUCAGAAAUGUGGAGGGGAAAAUGGUGACUCAUGCAUUGAACAGAACCUGUUCUCCCCUUCCCUGGUCUCCUAGAGAAGUCUUCUGUGAAGUCAACUACAUGGAAGUAACUGUGCAACAUGAACCCACAUGUCUACCUGGCACAAAUGACUGGAAUACAUUGAGGCCUGUGUACGCCUCACCUGUUUCAGACUGGCAGUUUGCGCUUCAUAAACCAGAUGACCAGCAGCUGCAGCCCAUGAACAUCACUGAGGCUCGUAAGCAGGGUUACGUGGUUGAACUGAUGUAUGGACGGAUCCUGUUCCGUACACCCUAUGGACAACCUGACUCGUACAGUACAGAGGUGAAUGGUGUCCCAGUAGAGGUGGUCCAUGCAAGCAUUUUCUCCAGACAGAGCUGGUUUGUCGUCAUGGUUGACUUGUUUGCUGCUUGCUCCAUGUCUCAAGGAUCUUUUGCUGGUGGUUACUUGACAUGGAAGAUGCCAGAAGCCUUGUAUUCCAGUCAAGGCAGCAUGCAGGUUAGCCUUGGCCUCAAUGGGGACCUUGUGAAACAAGAAGUUGCAGAGCAGAGGGGCUUUGUUGUUAAUGUGGACAACUCUACUCUUGAGAUCAGUAUCCCUUAUAAAGCUAAAGGAGGGUUCAGGAAGAGCCAUGCAAGUGGUGGCAUUUUUGUGUUCUACAUCUUCAAUCUCUACGUGAAACAAGUCUCAAUGGGCGGCGAGACGGUGGUCAGGUCUUACAGGACUUUGGACACGCCACUCUUGCCUCAUCUGCUGGUCGAAGAGGACAAGACUGUCCCACAAGAAGGAAUGUUCACCGUAUUUCUUGGCAAUGUCCCUGAUGACAUGGAGUUGACAUCUAUCCAGCUCAAUGGGCAGCAGUUCAAGCUGCCCUUACCUAGCGACAGCACAUUCAUGAUCACAGAAGAAGCCCAACCUGACAACACCUAUAGCUACACCCUGAAGAUGCUCUUCAGUGACCCACUGGUUGUGCAGGAGUUCUCCAAAGAACAUGCAGCCAUGUUGCAUCAACUGAACAUCAACUACACACUGACGGUACCAGGGAGUGAGCCUUACCACUACACAACCUCAGUCACAGCACUGCUGGAUGUCUCACCCCCAGUGUUUGAAGCCAACUGCACAGCUUCAGGCAUCACUUUCAUGCUGGUCCAUCAACCCUCCGACUACCUGUGGGAGUUCAGCAUCGGCACAGAUCUACUGACCAUGCAGCUGGUGACGCAGCGUGGCUACACCAUGAGCAAUGACAGUCAGACUCUGGUGCUUACCGCUCCACUCUUUACUCAUGGCUAUGACUACAGGGAUGUUUCUUUGAGAGGAUUCUACGGCACAUUUGAGAUCCUGGUGAGAGAUGGUGAUACGUCAAAGGUCCGGGCUUCAACCGUCAAGACGUGCUUCUUUGAAUCCAGAGAGUACAUCAUGUGUUCUACUGAUGGGAUGAUGACCGUGGCUGCUGACUUGUCUGGGGUCAUUCCAAGUGGCCAGAUGCCGGUCAACUUCCACCUCUACAACAAACUUUGUGUACCCAAUGAAGUCAAUGGUACCAGGGUGCUCUUCUCUAUUCCAGUCAACAGCUGUGGAUCUGUCGUUAAGCUAAGAGGAAAUGUGACUUACAGAAACAAGAUAUUUUACACCCUCAACAACUUUCCUUCUGAUGACAAUGAUAAAGGGGUGACAGUUCAGUGUUCAUAUCCUCUGCAUGGCCUCAGUCGCCUGUUCUCAGUGUACAGGUUUGAGUCUGACACAGAAGGUAAAGGAACGAUCAUCCACGAUGUGCAAACCACUCCAGGUGUAACUCCUACUGAACCAACCCCAGAGCCUAAAACUACAACAACCACCACAACAGCUGCUCCACAGAAGACUAUAAUUCCCAACUACCUGCCAGCCCACCAUCCUCCUGCUCACUACAUCAGAGUAACCAGGGUUCAUAGCCUACCAAAUGUCUUUUACAGAGGUUCCAAAGGCUACUUUCAUGCCAAGCAAAACACAUUCCCUUGAAAAUAUCCAUUUUUAGAUUUUGUAGUUUAUAAAUAAAGCUUUCUUUAAACAUU